AGGGAGGGAGGAGGAGGGGGAGAGAUGCGGUCUUUAGGGUGUUGAAUUAACUCCUUCAGCCAAAUGUUACAAGAAAACAAAGAUUUUUCGCCGAAUAAAAGCCUGCAUAUCUGAGAAAAAAAACCCUCCCUGCCGACAGACAAAUUGUUGUUUAUUUCCCGGGAAGUGAAAAAGAUGGAGAGUUGGCUCUUGCAGUGAAGAAGGAUGAGUUCUUGUUUUGUACCGAACGGGGCCAGUCUGGAAGAUUGCCAUUCCAAUCUAUUCUGUCUGGCUGACUUAACAGGGAUCAAAUGGAAGAGGUUUGUGUGGCAGGGUCCUACCUCUGCACCCAUCCUGUUCCCGGUGACAGAGGAGGACCCCAUCCUGUGCAGCUUCAGCCGCUGCCUGAAAGCCGACGUGCUGAGUGUGUGGCGACGAAGCCAACGGCAGGGCAGGAGGGAACUAUGGCUUUUUUGGUGGGGGGAUGACCCCAACUUUGCUGAGCUCAUCCAUCAUGAACUUGCAGCUGAGGAUGAUGGGCUGUGGGAGAAUGGUCUAUCCUAUGAGUGUCGUACGCUUUUGUUCAAAGCCAUCCACAACUUGCUGGAGCGCUGCCUCAUGAAUCGCAGCUUUGUUCGCAUCGGCAAGUGGUUUGUCAAACCCUACGAGAAGGAUGAGAAGCCCAUCAACAAGAGUGAACAUCUGUCAUGCGCCUUCACCUUCUUCUUGCAUGGUGAAAGUAAUGUGUGCGCCAGUGUGGAGAUCAACCAGCACCAGCCUGUCUACCACCUGACUGAGGAGCACCUCUCUCUGGCUCAGCAAGCAUCCAGCCCCUUCCAAGUGAUCCUGAGUCCUUUUGGCCUGAAUGGGACCUUGACUGGCCAGUCAUUCAAGAUGUCAGACCCGCCCACCCAGAAGUUGAUAGAGGAGUGGAACCAGUUCUAUCCCAUCAGCCCCAGUGCCAAGGAGAGUGUUUUGGAGGACAAGGUGGAAGACAUGGACUGGGAAGAUGACUCUCUGGCCUCAGUGGAGGUUCUUGUCGGUGGUGUACGCAUGGUGUAUCCCUCCUGCCUGGUGCUGGUGCCCCAGUCAGACAUCCCCGUUGUUGCCCCUAUGGGGUCAUCCCACUGCACUGCCGUCUACUCGGGUGGCUACCAAGUGCCUGCUUCCCAGCGUGAGCCUGCCAUGUCUUUGGUGACCCUCACCCCACCCACAUCACCUGAGGAGGUGCAGACAGUGGACUCUUACUCAGCCCAGAAGUGGGUCAAAAUGCCUUCGUCAUCUGAUACAUUCAUCGUAGACAGGACCAGCCAUCAUGGAGGCACAAUCCCACGGCGGCUAGCUGGUCAGGUGUUGGAGCGCGUCUGGCAAGAGUGCAAUAUCAACCGAGCCCAGAACAAGCGGAAGAUCUCAGCUGUAUCAAAUGGUACUUGUGAGGAUGAGCUGGCUGAGAAAGUAGGAGCCUGGGAUUUUGUGGAAUCUUCACAGAGGUCAUUCUGCAGCUGUUCCAGACACAAAUCUGUGAAGCAGCGAAUGGGGUGUACUGUUGGACAAACACAAACAGCAGGCCAGUCUGCCCAGCCUCUGACGAAGCACAAAACUGGUGGUGAGAAGCCAGAGAAAGGUGAGAAGCAGCAGAAAAGGCCCCAGAUGCCAUUCCAUCAUCGCAGCCUGACUAGUGAUGAUGCUUCACUAGAAACUGAGCGAACAGCAGGCCAGAGGUUAGCCAUGAGAAGCCAGGAUAGUGGAAGAUUCUCUAGUAUGCGCCCGGCGGAUGUGUCUACAAUCCAAAAAGCCCCCCAACUCCACAGUGGCGGAGUUAACACUGGGCUGUCAGAACAGGUCAAUUCUCCACAGCCUCCACCACUUAGCCCCCACCCCUGUGAAGAUAACGAAGAGUCAGGGGAGAACAUGAAGAACCCUUCAACCCCCAACAGUCAACACUUUUACCAGCCGCAGCCAGAGCCCUGCUUAGUGGGGAUGAAGGGUGGUGGCGAGGAACCUGGAGGCCCAGAGAGUCUAAUUCAGCACUUCCACUCCCACCACCCACAUCCCCACCCUGGAGCCUCAGAAUACCCUGAACCGCCAGAGCCCACUGUGUAUGUGGGUACAGCAGUGAGCCUGGAGAACGACAGCUCCCAUUCUCCAUGGCGGUUCUUCAAUCUGCCUCGCAGGAAAGAAGCUGAGUUGUCCACACCGUUGCUGCCAGGAGACAGGUUGAGGGAUGAAGCCUCAGGGUCACAGGACAACCUGGUCUCCGCUACAGAAGCUAUGUCCAUAUCCAAAUGGCCCUUGAAAGUGUCGGAGGAGCGUGUAAAAAUGUACCAUGCCAGGAGAAACCAGUAUCUAUCUGCUGCCAUAACUGACGUGGAUCAUGAGCCAGAAGUUGACCCUUACGCCUUUGAGGAAGGUGAUGUCAAGUUCACAUUCUCCAACAAGAAGGAUAAGUCAGGCGGGGAGCGUGAGCCAGGCAAGAAACAUAAGGGAGAAGAUGGAGGAGCAGGCCCGUCUGAUGAUGCUCAGCGGGCAGCUGCUCACAAUCGCAUGGCUUCCACGAGCCUGAUCCAUGAGACGGACCUGGUGGUGUCAAUCAACGACCUCGACAACCUCUUCAACUCUGAUGAGGAUGAUCUAACUCCUGGUUCCAGGCGACCAGUGAAUGGAACAGAUGAAAAAUUUGGCACCAAGGAAGCAAAAGCAUCCACAUUGGACCCUGUGUCCUGCAUUAGUUCUGCGGAUUUGCACCAGAUGUUUCCAACACCUCCCUCCCUGGAGCAGCACAUUAUGGGCUAUUCACCCAUGAACAUGUGCAGCAAGGACUGCAGCAGCAUGGACCUUGCUCCUGGCAUGACCACAUUGGAUGGCAUCUCAUCCCUUGGAAGCCAUUUCAAGAUAGAGGUGGAGGAGAGCUUCUGCAGCCCAAAGCCAUCUGAGAUCAAGGACUAUUCCUUUGUGUACAAGCCAGACCUGUGCCAGGCGUUUGUUGGCUGCUCAAUGUUUGCUCCUCUAAAGACAUUACCAAGCCAAUCUCUUCCACCUGUCAAGUUACCAGAGGAUUGCAUCUACCGACCAAGCUGGACUAUGGGCAGAGAGAUCCUCAGUCAUGUGCCUGUCAUGACCUUCCUCAACAAGGACAGUAACAUCCCCAGUGUGGGAAGCACCAUGGACCAGGACUACAGCCAAACCUACACCCCGCAGACCCACACACCCUUCAUGUCAAACAGUGCUCCACCAAGUAACAGCGGCACUGGCAUCUUGCCUUCACCUGCCACCCCACGUUUCUCUGCUCCCACCCCACGGACUCCCCGAACCCCACGCACACCCCGCGGCCCUGCCAGUGUCCAGGGAUCACUCAAGUAUGAUAACUCUGAUCUGUACUCGCCAGCAUCCACCCCCUCCACCUGUCGACCACUAAACUCUGUGGAGCCAGCUACAGUACCCUCCAUCCCUGAGGCCCACAGCCUCUACGUCACCCUCAUUCUCUCAGAAUCCAUCAUGAACCUCUUCAAGGAUUGCAACUUCGACAGCUGUUGCAUCUGCGUGUGUAACAUGAACAUUAAAGGGGCCGAUGUGGGCGUUUACCUUAGCGACCCCAUUGGAGAGGUUCAGGAACCCUGCAGCUGUGGCUUCAGCGCCAUCGUCAAUCGACGGUACGGCAACGGCUCAGGCCUCUUUCUGGAAGAUGAGCUUGAUAUCAUUGGACGUGGCACUGACAUCUGCCGCGAAGCAGAAAAACACUUUGAGGAACUACGGCUCUCCUCACUGGAGAGAACUGGCUUUGGGAGGGGUGAGCGCAUUCCAGAUGAGCUGAUUAUUCUCCUGCAGGAUCACUGUACCAACCCCUUUUCACCCAUCUCGGUCUUGGAGCAGGAGACAGUAAUACGGGGUACAGGCAGGGUCCCAAUACCACCGUGUGUGAGAGUAGAGGAGAGGGACUACCGCAGUGACUGCUACAUGGCUUUGGAGCACGGCCGACAAUUCAUGGACAACAUGUCUGGUGGAAAAGUGGAUGAGGCACUGGUGAAGUCCACCUGCCUACACCACUGGGCUAAACAAAAUGCAGUGGAUGUGAGUGCGCUGUGCUCUCAGGAUGUCCUGCGGGUUUUGAUGUCACUACAGCCUGUACUUCAGGAUGCAAUCCAGAAGAAGAGGACUGUGCGAUCAUGGGGUGUUCAGGGUCCUCUUACAUGGCAGCAGUUCCACAAGAUGGCUGGACGGGGUUCCUAUGGUACAGAUGAGUCCCCAGAGCCUCUGCCCAUCCCCACUUUCCUGGUGGGUUAUGAGUAUGACUUUGUGGUGCUGUCGCCAUUUGGUCUGCCCUACUGGGAGAAACUGUUGCUGGAUCCUUUUGGCUCCCAAAGGGAUGUUGGGUACCUGGUUGUUUGUCCUGACAAUGAGGCUCUACUCAGCAGCACCAAGAACUUCUUUCGAGACCUCACUGCUGUCUACGAGUCGUGUCGACUGGGUCAGCACCGGCCUAUUUCCAAAGGCUACCCUGACGGCAUCGUCCUUGUUGGCAGCACUGCGGCAAAAAAUGUUGUGGAUCAGCCAGUCAGCGACUGGUUUCUCAAGGCUGCCAGUGGCAACAGCGAUGCCUUGACUAAACUCAAACUCUAUGCACAAGUGUGCCGCCACAACAUCGCUUCAUACCUCGCCUCACAGCCAUUGGACAGUUCCCUUCUCAUGCAGCCUUAUCCCCCACCAUCAUCCACACAACUAUCUAGCUCCUCUUCCACUUUAGUCGGGCAGCAGGGCUCACUAAACCCCGGAGGUUCCUCGCUCCCCAACAGCAUUAACAAUGGGUCUGGAAAUGGAUCGGCAACAUCCAACAGCCUGUUGACAUCCUCAGGACAGCCCAGCAGUGCAGUGUCCUCUACCAAGCCCAGCUCUUUUCCUCCCUUCGGGGGUAUGGGCAGUCAGGGAGGUGCCACCCAUAGUGGACAGCUAGAACAGCAGGCUGGUGCCCACAAUACUGGCACCUCGGGGGACAACUCCAACAGUCAGGUCCAAGGAUCUGUUGAGCCUCCUGAAAGCACCUUGGAACGAGAGAAAGUGGGUCUGCCUACAGACGGAGAGUCCCACGCCAUCGUGUAUCCUCCAGCCAUUGUGGUUUACUUUGUGGAUCCUUUUAGCUAUGAAGAGGCCGACAGUGGCCUAGGGCCAGCUCAAUCCAAUGUGUGGACACUGUGUUUGCUCCGCUGCUACCUCGAGAUGCUUCAGUUCCUUCCCCCUCACAUCCGGAAUUCUAUUUCUGUGCAGAUUGUUCCUUGUCAGUACCUGCUUCAGCCAGUUCAAGGUGAAGACCGUCAUAUUUAUGUCCAACACCUGAAGUCUUUAGCCUUUUCUGUCUUCGCUCAGUGCCGACGACCGCUACCCAUCUCAAACAACGUCAAGUCUUUGACAGGCUUCGGCCCUGGCUUGGCCAUCGACACGGCGCUGAAGAGCCCAGAGAGGCCAGAGUGUCUGCGUCUCUAUACACCUCCAUUCAUCUUGGCACCAGUGAAGGACAAGCAGACGGAGCUCGGGGAGACAUUUGGCGAGGCAUCUCAGAAGUACAACGUGCUCUUUGUAGGAUACUGCUUGUCUCACGACCAACGCUGGCUUUUGACUACCUGCACUGACCUGUACGGGGAACUCUUAGAGACCAGCAUCAUCAACAUUGACCUCCCUAACAGGGCACGGAGGAAAAAGGGCUCAGUCCGACGGUUGGGCUUGCAGAAGCUGUGGGAUUGGUGCUUGGGUCUCGUGCAGAUGACAUCUGUUCCAUGGAGGGUGGUGAUUGGCCGCCUGGGCAGGAUAGGUCACGGGGAGUUAAAAGACUGGAGCAUUCUGCUGAGCAGGAGAAACCUCCAGUCGCUGAGCCGGCGUCUGAAGGAGAUGUGUCGAAUGUGCAGCAUCUCUGCCUCCGAUACACCCAGCAUCCUCAGCGUGUGUCUGGUUGCCAUGGAGGCCCAGGGUUCCUUUAUUAUCAUGCCAGACUCCGUGUCGACAGGCUCCGUGUUUGGCCGCAGCACCACCUUGAACAUGCAGACAUCCCAGCUCAGCACCCCACAGGACACCUCCUGCACCCAUAUCCUGGUCUUCCCCACCUCCGCCUUCGUCCAAGUGGCCAGCUCCAACUACACCAACAUUGACCCCAACAUUGACAUCCUCAAUGCCACCACUGAUGGGUCCGAUGCUAUCGGGAUCUUUGACCUGCUGGACCAGGAGAAUGAGUUGGUGGACCCAGACAUCAUCAACAUGUCACCAACCACUUCACCAGUACACUCACCUGGCUCACAUUACCACCACGGAGGUGAUGGCAGUAAGGGCCAGAGUACAGAUCAUAUGGAGUCUCAUGAAGAGGUUCCGAACCUCCUACAACAGCCUCUGGCCCUUGGCUACUUUGUCUCUACAGCCAAAGCUGGUCCACUACCUGAAUGGUUCUGGUCAGCCUGUCCGCAGGCUCAGAACCAGUGUCCACUGUUUCUCAAGGCCUCUUUGCACCUCCACGUGUCUUCAGUGCAAUCAGAUGAACUACUGCACGGCAAACACUCCCACCCUCUUGACUCCAAUCAGACCUCAGACGUACUCAGAUUUGUGCUGGAGCAGUACAACGCCCUCUCCUGGCUAACAUGUGAUCCGGCGACACAAGACCGGCGUUCCUGUCUACCCAUUCACUUUGUGGUGCUCAACCAGAUGUACAACUUUAUCAUGAACAUGUUGUAAUUGGUCGCCUGUUACAGAAGAAAUGUCGGGGAAGCAUUUAAGAGAAAAGCAGCAACUCUCACGAGGGUCAAACUGCAGCUGCCGGGCCAGAGGAUGGCGCUGUGUCCUGCACAGAGACGGAGUCAGACGGUCAAAGCCGUGACGGCUCCUUCCUGUGACUUAAAGAUGUGCACAUAGAUAACAAGGGAAAGCCAGACGAUGAGCUGCAGUUCAUGAACAUGAUGGAAUGAGAGAUUGGUCGUCGUGGCAUGUAGCAUGGCAGCACAGUCACUGGCUAGUCUGCUUUGGAGAGACAAGUCCAUACUUGUAAAAUUAAUGGAAGAAAAGGGACAUAUUUCAUCAAGUUUAAAAAACUGAAGAAUGGAUCUUUGGUUUUAAGACCGGAAAUUCCUUUUUAUUCCUUUGAUGAAAUUGUAUCCAAAUAAAAUGCCUGCAUCUAUCUUAUUUAUUGUAAGUUUUUAAAUGUAAAAUUUGUCUUAUUUCUUAACCUUUUAUAUAUAUAAAAAUGGAGAAGGUUUAUAUCGCCUUCCUGCUUUAAUGCUAUUGGUCUAAGAUAAUAUGUAAUUGUCUUAAUUAAAAAAA